AUGGCUUCUUCUACCAACAAAAAACAGUACAUUUUAGCUUUGUUCCUCCUCCUUGCUUUUGGGAUAUCCCAAGUAAUGUCCCGCAAGCUGCAUGAGCCAUCCUUAAGAGAAAGACAUGAGCAAUGGAUGGCAAAAUAUGGCAAAGUGUAUCAGGAUGCUGCUGAGAAGGAAAAACGUUUCAUGAUAUUCAAGGACAAUGUUGAGUUCAUUGAAUCAUUCAACGCUGCUGCCAACAAACCUUACAGGCUCAGCGUUAAUCACCUAGCUGAUUUGACCAUUGAGGAAUUUAAAGCUUCCCGUAAUGGAUUCAAGAGGCCCCAUGAGUUUACCACAACAUCAUUUAAGUAUGAAAAUGUUACUGCUAUUCCUGCAACUAUAGACUGGAGGAUAAAAGGAGCUGUUACUCCAAUCAAAGACCAAGGUCAAUGUGGGAGCUGCUGGGCAUUUUCAACAGUGGCUGCAACUGAGGGUAUCCACCAAAUAACCACAGGUAAACUAGUCUCCCUCUCAGAGCAAGAGCUAGUGGAUUGUGACACACAAGGUGUAGACCAAGGAUGUGAAGGAGGUUACAUGGAAGAUGGGUUUGAAUUCAUUAUAAAAAAUGGUGGAAUAACCAGUGAGGCCAAUUACCCAUAUAAGGCAGUUGAUGGGACUUGUAACAAAGUAACCUCCCCAGUAGCUCAGAUUAAGGGUUAUGAGAAAGUCCCAGUUAAUAGUGAACAGUCACUCCUGAAAGCUGUGGCUAACCAACCAGUAUCAGUUUCCAUUGAUGCUAGUGAUGCAGGUUUCAUGUUUUACUCUAGUGGGAUUUUUACAGGAGAAUGUGGAACUGGGCUAGAUCAUGGUGUUACUGCAAUUGGUUAUGGUACAGCUAAUGGUACUGACUAUUGGCUAGUGAAGAAUUCAUGGGGCACAGUAUGGGGUGAGAAAGGAUACAUAAGGAUGCAGAGAGGCAUAGCUGCUAAGGAAGGUUUAUGUGGAAUUGCCAUGGAUUCUUCUUAUCCAACUGCUUAA